AUGCCUCUCUCGGAGAGCUCCUAUCUGCCACCCGCUGCCUUUGUCCUCAGCCACGUCCUGGGCAUCGCCGGCGUCCUGUACUGGAGGAGCCGGAGCAGGGAAGGAGCCGUGGCAGCGACAGGGACAGGCGUGGCUCCGCGUGAGAAGGGGCGGAUGCGCUUCCACCGCCUGCAGAACGUGCAGAUUGCCCUGGAUUUCCUGAAGCAGCGACAGGUGAAACUGGUGAAUAUCCGCAAUGAUGACAUCACAGAUGGCAACCCCAAGCUCACCCUGGGGCUCAUCUGGACCAUCAUCCUCCACUUCCAGAUCUCUGACAUCUACAUCAGCGGGGAGCUGGGGGAUAUGUCAGCCAAGGAGAAGCUCCUGCUGUGGACACAGAAGGUGACAGCAGGUUACAUCGGGCUGAAGUGCACCAACUUCUCCUCCUGCUGGAGCGAUGGCAAGAUGUUCAACGCCCUCAUCCACAGAUACAGGCCAGAUCUGGUGGACAUGGAGAGGGUGCAGAUCCAGAGCAACAGGGAGAACCUGGAGCAGGCCUUCGAGAUCGCCGAGCGCCUGGGGGUCACUCGGCUGCUGGAUGCUGAAGAUGUGGACGUUCCCUCUCCAGAUGAGAAAUCUGUGAUAACUUACGUGUCUUCAAUCUACGAUGCCUUUCCCAAAGUCCCCGAGGGAGGAGAAGGGAUCAGCGCCAUCGAGGUGGAUUCGAGGUGGCUGGAGUACCAGACCCGCGUGGAGUCCCUCAUCUCGUGGAUCAAGCAGCACACGAUACUCAUGUCAGACAAAUCCUUCCCCCAGAACCCUGUAGAGCUAAAGGCACUUUAUAACCAGUACAUACACUUCAAAGAAACUGAAAUCCCAGCAAAAGAGCAGGAAAAAGGACAGAUAGAGGAGCUCUACAAACUGCUAGAGGUUUGGAUUGAGUUUGGGCGCAUCAAGCUGCCCCAGGGCUACCACCCCAACGACGUGGAGGAGGAGUGGGGCAAGCUCAUCAUCGAGAUGCUGGAGCGCGAGAAGCUCCUGCGGCCGGCGGUGGAGAGGCUGGAAUUGCUGCUACAAAUUGCUAACAAAAUCCAGAAUGGUGCUCUGAGCUGUGAGGAAAAGCUCACCCUGGCCAAGAACACGCUGCAGGCUGUGAGUGGGGUUUGCCCCUCCUGGUUUUAUUGAUUUGUUUGUUUUGCU